AUGCAGCAAGUCAGAACUCACUUCUCUUCUGCCUACGAACUCCCCCUGCUCACCAGGCCAGAGAACUACACACAGGUACAGAAGGCACUGCUGCCAGACCCUGAGCUCGCCUGCAUUAAUUGUUUGUUUGUUUAUAGUAUAUCACUCAAUUUUGUUCCGUUUUGUCUAAGUCCAAGUGCGUCGCAAGUUUGAAAGUGGAUUGUACAUGGUUAGUGUGACCUUAAUCCUAAUAGCUGUAAUAUGUGAACAACUUUACAAUCACUACCGGAGGUUGUAUGGUCAGUGAGUAAAUCAACUGCCAUCACCUACUCCCGUGAGUUUCUGCUCUCUUUCCGAAAUAAAGCUCACACUCUCGAAAACAGCAUUGCCUUGCCAGAAGGUUGUUCUACAAAGUCAAAAAGUGAAACUAAGAAGAAGCGAGGCUCAAGAGGUGGUGUUAGGAACAGACUACGGAGGCGAGGAAGCCGUCACCCGCUCCCGGUGAUCACCCUGUCAAAUGUGCGGUCACUAAAUAAUAAACUGAAUGAGUUAGCGGCAAGGGCUACAUUUGAAGAGGACUUUAGGAGAAGUAAUUGAAUCUGCUUUACAGAAACAUGGCUCAAGCAGGACAAUAUUGAUGUGAACAUUGAUGGAUACACUGUUAUUAGAGCAGAUCGAGACAAAACAACAUCACAUAAAUUAAUAGGCAGGUGGCUAUGUAGCUUUGUAGAUAAUACUUGGGCCAUGCAGUGUAAUGUGAUUGAACAAGUGUGCACCAGAGACUAUGAGAUUCUCAUUGUAUAAUUCAGGCCAUUCUAUCUACCACGCAAGUUUGGACUGGAUUACCAUUAUUCUGGUCUAUGUGCCUGGACCUAACAAUAAGGAAGCUGCUGACAGGAUUACAGACUGUUUCAAGGCUGCGCUUUCACGAUCAGCUGACCAGCCAGUAUUUGUGCUUGGGGAUUUUAAUACGCUCUCCCUCUCCGCGCACCUCCCCACUCUGCAACAGUACGUCACCUGUCCAACUCGCUCAACUCGCAUCCUGGACCAGUGUUAUGGCAACGUAGAGGACGAAUACAAGGCAGUGUGCAGAGCACCCAUCGGGAAAUCAGACCAUAACGUUAUCCAUCUCCUACCGAGAUACAGGCAGCAGGUGAAACGCGAAAAACCUGUAGAGAAAUCCAUUCAGGUAUGGACAGAGGAGAGCAGGGAGGAGCUCAAGGACUGCUUUUUUUUGUCACAGACUGGGAGGUGUUCUUUGACUCGUGCAGGGAUCCCCAUGAGUUGACAGACAGCAUCACAUCAUACAUCAAGUUCUGUGAGUAUACUGUCAUAAACACAAAAACUCUAAGAGUAUUUCCCAACAACAAGCCCUGGGUGUCUAAGGACUUGAAAAUGUGCCUCAAUUAAAGGAAGUUUGCUUUCUUGAAAGGGGAUACUCAUGCUGUUAAUGAGAAAGAACAGGUCAAAAAUGUGUAAAGCUAAAAAAGACUUUAAGGAUGAAGUGGAGCAGAGGUUCUGUACAGGCAAUCCAAGACAAGCAUGGGAAGGGCUUAAUUCAAUGAUGGGAAGUGAAAAGAAAAGAGAGAACAAUAAAUUGCAGACUGUUCAUCCUUUAUAAACAACCUUAACUGUUUUUAUGGAAGAUUUGACACCGUUGAAUUUAAAGACGAAUGUGAACAAAUAUGUGACAGCAUCCCCAAAUCCUCUCCUGUCCAGAUAACAGAGAAUGAGGUGGCCUCAUGCUUGUCACAUAUUAAAACACACAAAGCACCGGAACCAGAUGGACUAUGGGGCAAAGUACUUAAGUCUGCGCCGAACCAGCUCAAUGGAGUCUUUACACGACCUGCUGAGCACCUGUACAAUGCCAAACUGCUGGAAGGUGUCGACCAUUGUACCGGUGCCUAAGAAGCCAGGGGCCAAAUGACUUUCGACCUGUGGACCUCACGUCCCUUCUGGCCAAACGCAUGGAAAGGAUUGUCAGUAAGCACUUUACCCUAUUCUUAGAUCAACUGGACCCAUUAUAGUUUGCCUAUAAGGCACAGAGGGGGACUGAAGAUGCUACCCUGACCUUGGUAAACAUGGUGGCUGGUCACCUUCAACAUGCAAAAUCAUAUGCACGCAUUUUAUUGAUUGAUUUUAGUUCAGCUUUCAAUACAAUGCAAAUACAAACUGCUGAAAUGACUACUGGACCUGAAUGUCAACGGAGGCAACGCACAUUGGAUCAAGGACCUUUUAACUGACCGCCCACAGAGGGUCCUCAUGAAUGGGGCCCUCUCUGAUAAACUGACCCUGAACACAGGGGCGCCCCAGGGGUGUGUCCUUUCACCAUUGUUGUUCUCUAUCUACACUAAUGAGAUGAAGAUCCAAGGAAACAAUGUGAGCCUUUUCAAGUACGUGGCUCUGAUGGGACUCUUUUUUAAAAGUUGGUACGUCAGAUGGGGACAGCUAUUUUGAACAGACCAACAUCUUUCAAGAAUGGUGCUGGUCAAGUGCCCUCCACAUUAAGGUGGAAAAGACAACUUGCCAAUGUCCCAACCACUCCCUCUGAAUGACCAACCAGUGGAGGUGGUUGAGUGUUUCAAAUACCUAGGGACCCAAAUUGAUGACAAGCUGAGUUUUAAAGAGAAUUUUAAAGAGAAUGCAUGGUGUUCUGGACAGGGUGUACAGCAGCUUGGUGGAGAGCAUCCUCACGUUCAAUAUGACAGUCUGGUAUGGCAAUCUGAUCGUGAGGAGCAAAAGCAAACUAACCAGAAUAGUAAACACAGCCAGCAAAGUAAUUAGUUGACCACAGGCACAGUUGAGCAGUCUGUUCCACAAGGCAACCAAAAAGAAGGCACUGGCUGUCGUUGGCGACCCCUCCCACCCUCUACACCCUCAGUUCGAGAGGCUUCCCUCUGGCCGGCACUUCGGAAUGCCCAUGGCUAAGAAGUUCAAACAUGAAUUUAUUCCUUAUGCUGUUGGACUACUAAAUGUAAAGUAAAUUGUAUCGGUAUAUGUACUUAUCUAUCCAGUACAGUUGGGACAGCGGUCAGUUGUGAGUGAAUGUAUCAAUGUCCUCUAUGUUUUUAGUGUAUGCAAUAUGAUGGACUGACUGGUUUAAAUGUGUAUGAUGUGAGAAUGUACGUGUAUGUGAUCCUUUUAAUUUAAGGUGAUGCCAAAGAAAAAUGUCCAUCCUGGAUGGACAAUAACGUUUUUAUUCUACAUAAGGCAUGGGAUAGCGCUCAGAGCUACAGUAUGAACAAGCACGGAAUUGAGGGUUAAGAGUAAUCUCUUGUGGAGUUAAAGCGGGGAACUUAACUGGAAUGUUGGAGUUGUUCUAUAGAGGGCCGGGGCUGAAUCUGCUGUUUUUAGUUAGCCGCUUUCGCCUCCAGAAGAAAAUCAAGUUAGUUAGCAUGAGAUUUGGUUUUGGGUUACACGAUUUCUGUUCUCCUAACCUCCUGCUCCUGUCUGUUCCUCCAUGUAGAUCCAGAACCCAUCGUGGCUGGGCGGUGGCAGCAGUGCCUCUCCCGUCCCCGGCUGUGUGGUGCCCUUUGACGGAUCAGUCACCUCCUGCAUUACCCCGCACCCCCAUGGAGGGGUCUCUGACUACCUAUGCGUGCCCAGCCCGGGCGGACAGGGCCAUGGGGGCCACAUGGGACAGUCACACAUGGGGAGUCUCUUCGGGGCUGGAGGAAUGGGCGGUGGCGGAGGCCUCAACGGAUACGACCUAAACAGUGUCGAUCCAGACAGGAAGUCUUCUAGUAUCGCAGUGCUGCGUAUGAAGGCUAAGGAACACAGUGCAGCUAUCUCCUGGAACACAUGA